GGAAAAAGCCACUGGGGGAUUCUGGGAGUUGAAGUCCAACCAGCGGGAAGUUGCCAAGUUUGAGAAACUGAGUCCAGAAGCGGGAGGCAGAAGCCGGAGCGUCUCCGGGAGAGAAGCGGGCCGUCCCGGGCUCGGUAUCCUCGUCCAGCAGCCGCAUCCCCGUCCGGGGAGGACCUCAGUUACCCGGGGGGCGGGGAGGGCUGGGGUCGCCCCUGCAAAAUAUUGCAAAAGGGAAGCGGGGCUUUCUCGCGAGUGACGUCACUAAGAGCAGCGCAGCGGUCGCAGAACGCGGACAUCCCGCAGCAGCGGAAUCCUGGGAGAGGCGGGCACAGGGACCCGGCGGGAUCCGAAAAAAAGCCCCGCCCGUCAUCAAAGGAGAGGCCGGAAAACAUCAGCCGGGCCAUUGGCCAGAAGCUGUCCAAUCGCAAAGCCGGAGAGUCCCCCAACCAAUGAAGGCGCCGCGGACGGAGCAAAGAGGAGACGCCGUUGCGAUUGCGCGUCCGGCAGUGACCCGACGGGGCAGGAGGGGAAGGAGGCUCUGUAGCCGCGCUGGCGCCCCACCCGGAGCUGCACCCAGGACGGCGAUGGGCGCCGCGACGGCCAAGGCCGGGCAGGCGGGCGAGGAGGCGGGCGGUGCCGAUGGAGGCCUCCCCGGGGCGCCCCCGCCGGACUGGCCGCGGCUGCCCAACGAAGUGCUGGCGCUGGUGCUGAGCUGGCUGCCGCCCGAGACGCUGGCCACGCGCUGCCGGCUGGUCUGCCGCCGCUGGCGGGACCUGCUGGACGGGCCCGCCGUGUGGAAGCUGCAGUGGCGGAGGGAGCCCGGGAUGCGCGCCGCUCUCGAGGCCGCCGCCCGCUGUCCCCGCCUGCGCUGGAGCCGCCUGGGCGUCCUGCGCCCGCUGGGCAGGAACCUCGUCCGGAACCCCUGCGGGAGAGAGGAGUUCCGACACUGGGCUCUCCACUGCGAGGGAUGGAAGGACGGGUGGAAGGUGGAAGAGAACCGGAGCCCCGUGGAAGGCGCCGAGGCCCAGACCUGCUUUGUCACCUCCUAUGAGUGGUGUCAGAAGGAGCAGGUGAUCGAUUUGCUGAAGGAGGGCUUGUGGCCGGAACUGCUGGACGCUUACCAGCCUGAUAUCGUGGUCUCUGACUGGUGGGGUGGCCGUCAGGACUGUGGCUGCAGAUACGAGCUCUUCGUUGCCCUCUUGGCAGCUAAUAAAAAAACCAAGAUUGAUGUUUUUGAAGCGAAACCAGAUCCCCUCCCUCAGUGGAACGAUGCCUCCUACCAAAAGGUGACCCACACAUUCAGAAGAUACGGCCCCGGAGUUCGCUACGUACUUUUUAGGCAGCGAGGGAAGGACACGCAGUUCUGGGCAGGACACUACGGUGCCCGGGUGACCAACUCUUCCGUCGUAAUCCAGUUUUCCUCAGAGUCUGCAGAAUCCCUGGAGCCUGGGCUCUCUUCCUCCUGAUAUCCCAGCCCGGUUCUGCCUCACCUUUUGUGACCACCUUUUGUGACCUUCUGCCCAACAGAGUGAAUAGGAAAGACAGGUUCACUGAACAGCGGUGUUACUAAUUUAAAAGGGGAGUGAUUCACUUCAUAAA